AUUUCACCUCUCCAUUAUGUCGGUGAAGCUAUUUUGGAACGAGUCGCGCCAUUAAUGGCUUCUUCUUCCUCCUCCUCCUCCUCCUCCUCUCCUUCUCCAUCCAAACCCUAACCCUAACCUUAACCUUAAUCCUACCCCCAACCCCAACACCAAUGCGAAUCCCACGUCGCCUCCUACGUCGGGAUCUCACUUCACCCUGUAAGUUCUCGUCCCCCCGUCGAUUUCUCCGUCUCCCCACCGAUCUGUGCAAAAAUUAGGGUUCUCGCAACAAUUCGACCCCGGCAUUGCUCGAUCCGACGCGGGUUCUGAGUGAAUCGCGCCUCGCGUUCUUCAGUUGCUCUCGGCUUGAAUCCCGAGACGUUGACCCGUGGGAUUUAAUGCGGUGAGGUGAUUUCUCGCCAAAUCCGUGCGAUUAGUGGCUUCGUUAUUGUAUUUGUGAAAAAUGUGGGUUGUUUGGUGGUGGAUAUGAGUGUUUUGUGAUCCUGUUGGAGAGAAAUUGGUGAGAGAAACCUGUUUCUACGGGUAAUGGCUUCUUCAAUUAGUUUAUGUUUGUGAAAAAAUGGGUUUUUGGUGAUGGAUAUGACCUUCUUCAAUUAGUCUAUAUUUGUGAAAAAAGGGGUUUAGUUUAUAUUUGUGAAAAAAAAGGGUUUUUGGGGGUGGAUAUGAGUGUUUUGUGAUCCUGUUGAGGAGAAAUGGGUGUAGAGAAAGCUGUUUCUAAGGGUAAUGGCUUCUUCAAUUGGUUUGAGUGGAGCAAGAAGUCGCGGAAGAGGUUGUUCUCCUCCAAUGCCGAAUCCUCGUCCGAGAAAGAAGAAAAGGGGAAGGAAAUGGUCGAUAGUGUUGCGAGCUCGCUCCCGCGUUUGGUUGAUGAGGAUGAGAUUGUAGGAGUAUCGAGUGUUAAGGGAAGCAGCGGAAGCAGCGAUUACAGCUGUUCAUCUUCGGUGACCGAUGAAGAAGGGAAUGGAGUACGACCCUUGGGAGUAGUGGCGAGGCUUAUGGGUUUGGAUUCUAUGCCUAAAAGAGGUGUUUCUGAACCCUACUCCACGCCUUUGUAUGAUUUGCAUGAUUCGAUGAGUAAUCUUCGAGAGAAUGCUGAUCGGCACAUUGGUCAUGGAAUUUACAUCAAUGAUCGUCUUAGUCAUGUUUGUGUUAUUAAGGGAACUAAAGCCUACCCUGGGAAACUGAUGGAGAUGUGGUCGGAAAAGAUGCCAAGUAGUCCGAUAGAGAGGUUUGGAAUGGAAGCCUUGCCUCUGCAAUCUUCCAAGGCUAUUGCGAUUCCCCAUUAUAAGUCAUUAUCACCAAUAAGAAGCCCUGCGGUCACAUCUACUAGAGAUGCAGCUCAUAUAAUGGAAGUUGCAGCGCAGAGAAUUGAACCUCGACUUCAGAGCAGCACCGAUGCGUGUAAAGUUCGGGCUUCUGGGAUAUAUUUAAGUCCUUUACGAGUUUCUGAUUCGAGGGAGACCAUUACAUCCGCACAAAGAACAUCAAGACUUCAAGAAGCGCAAAGGCGACUUGUUGGGUCUUCUUCGGCUGGUUCUCUUAAAGGAAAACCUUUGAAAAGCAGGAGUUUAAGUGAUUCAGAAGAAAGUACUGUUGAUAGGCCUUCGUCCAUACUAAGAACUGAUCCAUCUGGUUCGAAAGGCGUCAGAAAAUCAAGGACACUCGAGGUUCAAUCUAGGUUGAAUGUCCAAAGAAGGGAAGGUUCAGGCAAUUCCAGUAGAAAAGUUUUAAUUCGGAAGGACUUUGAUGAAUGUAAGCUGAAUGGACCGGUAAGAAGUGAACCGAACAAUCAAAGGAACAGUAAUCAGAAAAGAACAGCAAGCAAAGCUUCUAGUGUGCUCAGGCAAAACAACAGCAAGCAAAACGGUGCGGUAAAUAGAGAUAAGUCAACUUCAAAGUCAUCUGUUGCAAAAAAGCAGGCCGAAAAAGCUCUUUCCGGAGAAGCCGCUUCUCGGAAGGUCCGGGCUGUAAAUAAACCUUCAGCGAGCACAACAGUUGGUUAUAGAAAGGAUGGUUCAGGUCCAAGUAAGCUUGAAAAGGAAAGGUUGAUAUCGAGUGAUACAAACACCUCUCAAACAAAAAAAGUGGCAGAGAACAUUUCAGUGAGCAGAAUUGAAAAGCAUAUUCAGCAUAAUGUUGUGAUAGAUGAACGGUCAAGAUUGAGUGAGGAUAAGAGAAAGAAUGCUAUCGAUGUUGUAUCUUUCACAUUCACGUCACCAAUGAACAAAUCAUUAUCCCGUUCAUUGUUCCCCUCUCAUGAGGUGGGAAAAUAUGACAUAAAGAAUGGAUACUCUACUGUUACUGCUUGCCAAAGCAGUGGCUUAGAUUCGGAUAACAAGAAUUUAUUGAAUAGCCGAUCGAAUGUGAUAGAUGGUGAUUUUCUGGGUAUCCUUUUGGAGCAGAAGCUGAGGGAAUUAACAUCGAGAGCCGAGUCACCCUAUUGUAAAUCUUCCAAGGGUGGUCUCGCACUAGAUUUUCCACCAGCUUUACCAGAGACAGCAACUGCUUGUGAAACCUCUGGUGCUGCACCUGUUGUACAUGAAAGGGAGUCGUUAGGGUCUUGUCAGGAUGAAUUAGUUGGUAAUGAUGAAACGGGCAUCCUAUUAGCUAAUGAUGAGGUGUGCAGUAUGCGGCAUGACGUGCAGCAAACUGCAAGGAGGGAUCACAGCAGCAACCGCGAGGACCAUAAGGAACCUGGGAAUCUACAUUCGAAUCCCCGUUCCAUCUUUGAAGCCUCUUUUUCAAAUGAAAGCUGCAUCUCUUCAGAGAGCUGGGAGAGCUCAAAAGAAUGCAAGAUUUCUUCUUCCGCCCAAGUUCGUAGUUCUUAUUUCUCCAACGAAGUUCCAGAGGUGGAAACUGAGAUAGAUUUACCCGAGUCACCCAUUUCAUCAUUUUCAGCAACUACCCUCGGAAUGCCUGCAUCAGAAACAGGUAGCACGUGCCGCACAGAUUAUUGGAAUGCAGAACUGGAGUUUGUGCGACAGAUGUUGAGAGCUAACGCCAUCUCUUUUGACAUCAUCCUCUCUUACAAAUUGGAGCAAGCCGGCGGAAUUCUUGACCCCCUUCUUUUUGAGGAGUUAGAAGCAAACGGAGUAUCCGUGGACUUCGGAAUGAGAAGGAAGAUGUUAUUUGGUUGCAUUAAUGAAUGUUUGGGUGUGAAACUUUGCUAUUAUUUCCAUGCGGGGUAUCGGCUCUGGGCUAAAGGGGUGGCAUUUUUACUUACGAAUUUGGCCGAAGAAGUCUAUAGAGAGAUUUCAGCUUGGGACAGCAUGGGGGAGUGGAUGGUCGAUGAACUUGUCGAGAGAGACAUGAGUAGCCAAUUGGGGAGGUGGGUCGACUUUGAAACCGAAUCAUUUGAAUUGGGUAUAGAGAUCGAGAGCGAGAUAUUAAGUUCGUUGGUCGAUGAAGUUGUUGCUGAUUUUGAUAUUGAAGCCCCAUAAUAGCUGCCCUUCCUCCCAGUCAACUGUAAGUUAUUUAGCUGUAUUGUAUAUUUACACAUUGCUUUCUCCAGUUUAACCUUUUUCCUUUUUCUAGUUCAUUCAUUUAGCUAUGUGUUCUUUGAGGUUGACCGAGCAUUACAUCAACCUUGAACUGUUUUACCUUUUCGGUGAAAGUCAAAAAAAAAAAAAAAAAAAGAAAACUAAAAGAACGAGAAAGCUUCCGGUGGAGAGUAAACCCUAAUUUAAGGAAGCCUUUCAGAGACAUAUUAGUUUAUAUGGGUUUCUGAAAGUCCAUGACUCAAACCUUUUGUGCUUGAAUCUGUAAAUGUCUUCCUCCGUCUGAUGUAUUUAAUCUAAAUUCUCUGCUUUUGGGGGAAUUAAUUGCUUCGUCGAGUAUCAUAGCAAUAUUUCUUGCUCACACAGUAUUAGUGAAUUAACUUGUGUCUAA